CGCAGCAGUAUGUUAGCUAACCGUGUUGGGUUCUGGAAUGUGAUGUUAUACAUUACUCAGUACUUUUCUUAAAAGUAAUGCACUACAUUACAUAUUUACUUAUCAAAGAAAGUAACUUGUAACUCGUAAUGUGCACGCUGUAUUACUCUGUAUCAUGACCUCCAAUGUAUUGUCUCAUAUUUACCAGUUAAUACUAUAAACCUCAGGCUACAGUCUUACAUACUGACACAAAGGCUUGUCCUAGUGAGAACACACGCCUGCAAUUUUAUUUAUUUUAUUUUUAUUUUUUUAACAAUAUGAACACAAAGCUAAAAAGCUGAAUUAUCACAGUGAUUCUACUUUACAAACAUGCACAGAUAGAAAUGGAGGCUGCUACGCUGCAAGCCUGACUGCUCAUUACUGCCUUUGUUACCUGUUAAAGUUCAGGGUCUGGCUGCUGGUCUAAGGUUGGCAUGCACUCAGCUUUGAAUAAUUCUAGUGCUAGCUAGCUCUGUGUUAGCAGCAUAAUACAGUUUUUUCACUUUACCAACGUACUCUUGUCCUUUUAUGCAAUAGAACUAACAGUAAUGUCCAUAUCUCAAACCACUGAAGUUAUAGACAGCGUCACCAUUUUCCUCUUCUCUGCACAAAAACGAAAAUCAGCUGAUUGUAGCGCUAGUGUGUGGGAGGAAAAAGGCAUGGUUCUUUGUUUGAGCCACAUGUUGUGCAGAUAACUCUUAAGGUUCUCUUUCAUAGCAUUCGUUUCAUGUCUCACUAUGGGGGAACGCCUCCUGCGUGACCUCAUCAGAAGCUCAAAUACCAUUACGCCAGCCCUUACAGGCUGGCUAAGUGACGCCCAUGUCAGGAGGGGCCAGUGCCUCCCUAUAUAAUAGGCUGACAUAGCGUCAGAUGUCAUUUAAAAACCUCUUCUUGCUUCUCACAGAAGCCUGUAGACAACUGUGCUAUUGGGUGCUAAAGCUAAACUGUCCACAGAUUCGAGUGAACAACUCGGUCGCCGGGCGCUUUGUUCCCAGCUUUUCAGUUGUCCACUAGCAUACAAGCAGUAGCAAUACUGUUCUGUAGCUAGUGCUGGUGCCAAGUAGCAAUACUUUCACCCAGGGAAGUAGCAAUAUUUUCCGAAAGUAGCAACACUUUGCUAACAAAGGUACCUCUAGCUUCACCAUCAGGUAGCAAUACCCUUCGACGCUAGCAGUUUUACACAUUAGGUAGCAAUACCUGUAGAAAAGUAGCAACACUUUUCACCCCAACCCUCUAGCUAACCAUGGCUACGACGGCCAACGAAGUUGCAAAACUCUGUCCUUGCGGCAAGAAGAUUUCUGCCUGGGAUACACACCCCGUGUGUGCAGCAUGCCUGGGUUUAUCUCACGCUCAGGCUGCCUUGACACCCGCACAAGACUGUAUCCACCGCAAACUACUCCGCCGCAGGCUAGCUCGCCAGGCUAACCUGUCGGGUGGCGACCCUUUGCUGUGUGAGGCUGCUGCGGCGCAAGGAGAAAUUGAGGUGCCCGAUGAUUUGGCCGCAACGCCAGGGGCGAGCUGGGUAGAGGCAGACAUUCAGCCCAUCGCGACUGCUUUCCCGUCGCUGGAGGCACACGGAGAUCGUGAGUUUUUCCCCGAUGUUGGAGUCACCUGGGGAGGAGAUGCCAACGAGGACGGAGAUGAGUCGGCUGACUCGGAGCUCCUGCUGUCUGACAACGAGGAGGAAGAUUCCACCUCCUUGGCUAGCAUCAGCUGGGCUGCAAAGCCCUCGGCUACCGGCGAGGUUGAAAAACCGACACCGCCGUCUCCCCUGGAUCUCGACAUGCAGGACAUGUGCAAGCGCGCCGCUGCAAGGCUCAACAUCCCGUGGCCCGCCGUACAAACAGAGAUUGUAAAGUCUCGUUUUGAUGGAAAGAAAUUGCCGAAGGCGAAAAAGACGGGCAAGCAUGUGUUGCCUGUUUUCCCGGAGCUACUCGAUGAGAUAGCGGUGACGUGGAAAGCAAAACCUUACAGCGAGAAACACCCCAUCGUGGGGAGCUCCCUGCUGGAUUGUGAGGGGAUGGAGUCUAUCGGCCUCUGCCAGAUGCCGCAAGUGGAGCCGUUGGUAGCGAGCCAUCUUCACCCGAAGAUGUCUCUGUCCUCAUCGGCCCCAUCUCCCCCCUCCAAAGCAGACCGCUUCCAGUCUAGCCUUACAGAUAAGUGCUACAAGGCAGCGGCUCUGUCAGUAAGAGCCCACAACGCCUCCUCUAUGCUAAUGGCUUACCAAGCUGAGCUAGAAGAGGACAUGACAACUAAACCAGAUACCACAGUGUGGAAAGAAAUCUGUGUUAUAACUGACCACGUCCUCCGCCUCCACAAGGUAGCCAUACAGGCUACUGGGAGAGCCAUGGGCCUCAUGGUUCUUCAGGAGCGAGCACGCUGGCUCGGGCUCACCAACCUGACGACCAAGGAGAAAGAGGAACUCCUCGACACCCCUGUCGUGCCUCAAGGCCUCUUCGGUGCGGCUGUUACAUCCAUGCAGAAGAGAUGUGAGGAGAAAAAGAGAGAUGAUGAGGCUCUGAAACUCUGCCUGCUGAGGAGGGCCCAGCACGCCACCCCAGCGGCACCGCGCCAGUCAUUCGCGCAGGCAGCGUCUCGCCCGGUCCCUGCUUUCAGGAUUCCCAAAGUGCCUAAGACGCAGGCAGCCCCCCAGGCUGCCGGGGCCCAUAAGAAUCCAUGGACUCGGAAACAGUCUCCCCAGGCCAGACCUCAAGCGGCCCCUCCUCCUCUCCCCGCUGCCGAGAUCGUGAGGAGGAAGAAGCGGCCAGCCUGACAGCCUCUCCUCUAGGUGGGAGCAAACCCAAUUUCUCACCUUCAUGGGUUGCCUCUCAGCUCCGUUCCAGAGCAAGUUCAACAGGACAUGUUCCAAACAGAGUGCUUAACUCGGGCCAGUGUUCCUGUCACCGGACCCGCCAGAGGGAAAGAGCAUUCUGUAUUAAAAAAGCCCCGACACGCGCAUCCAGGCAGUUUGCCGAGGGCGCUGUCAAGUGUUGGCAAACACAUGAAAAAAAUCAAAUGUGAUGAUGCAGAUGAGCCCGUCACCUCGCUCGCCUGUGACAGAGGUGAUGGGACACCGAAAUGGCGUAUGUUUCGCGCUGCGACCACAAGGGGGCGCCAAAACGCCAUCUUCGGUGGAGUGGCCAGUGAACCCUGUGUCUCUCCACAUGAAGAGCACCUGCAUUCAGUCAGCAUGGGUGCUGAGGACAUUGGAAAAGGGCUACAGGCUGCAAUUCAAUGUCGCUCCACCACAUUUCAAAGAAAUUGUUUACUCUCGUGCUCUGGGUGAGUCUGCCAGUUUUCUCCUGGAGGAAAUUUCAACCUUGAGAGACAAAGGAGCUAUAAGAGUUGUCCCUCCCGAGGAAAUGCACAGCGGAUUUUAUUCAAGGUAUUUCCUUGUGCCAAAGAAAGGGGGGAGGAGGAUGAGAGCCAUUCUGGAUCUCCGUGCCCUGAACCGGCAUUUAAGGACAUACAAGUUCAGGAUGUUGACGCACGCCUUGCUGCUACGGUUUGUACGAGCGGGCGACUGGUUCACAUCAAUUGACCUGAGGGAUGCUUAUUUCCACAUCCCCAUAUAUCCCCCACACCAAAAGUAUCUGAGAUUUGCUUUCCAGGGGAUAGCAUACGAGUUUGUAGUCCUGCCUUUUGGUCUCUCACUGAGCCCAAGGGUGUUUGUGAAAUGCACCGAGGCAGCAGUGGCCCCGCUCAGG